AUGAUCCACACCAGGAAAUUGAGUAGGAGAUACAGACGAAACCUCUUGCCCCAAAGAGUGCAAGUUACAGCUGAAGCAUAUGGUUUAGAUGCACUUAAGGGCAAAUUAAACAAACAUUUGAAGGAGAAGGGAAUCGAUGGUUGCACUGGGAGUGAAAGAUGUAAACUGAACAUCAGAAAAUGCAUACCAGCUAUCCGAUCAAGAGACCUUACAAUUCAACUGUGCAAAUCAGUUAGAGAUUCUCUGAGUGUUUCCAGUUCUCUAAAAACUUUGGAGUUAGAAGGAUUACCCUUGAGACAUGGAGAUCUUCUGACAUUAACAAAGGGUCUAUCCAGGACAAAAACACUACAGAACCUUUCAUUAGCACGUUGUCCAAUAGGAGAUGACGGACUGGAAAUCAUUUGCCAGAGUGUGAAGAAUUCAGCAACUAUCAAAACAGUCAACUUCACAGGCUGUAACAUAACAUGGCGUGGAGCAGAGCAUAUGACCAGCAUUAUUAAGUAUCAAGCAACAAAAAGACACAGUCAAGUCUGGGCAGAGAGUCUUCGAUAUAGGCAUCCUGAUCUAGAUUGCAUGACUGGUUUGCGGCGCAUUACCAUGAACUGUAACACAUUAAUUGGUGAUACUGGAGCUAUUGCCUUUGCAGAUGCCCUCAAAGAUGAUCUUUGGCUGAAAGCCCUUGAUUUGCAGCAAUGUGGAAUUUCUAAUAAAGGAGCCAAAGCUUUGCUUGAUAUCUUGCAGACCAGUAGUACUCUAAUUGUAUUGGAUGUUAGAAAAAACCCAUUAACUGAUAUGGUACGGCCAGUUGUGCUAGAUGUCCAUCGAGAUCCAUUGAAUGUGGAUGAACCAGGGUUGCUCAGCCUUUUUGCGUGCGGGGCCACAAUUUUCACACUUGAGAUUGAUUUGACUGGGUGUGACAUAAGAGGCCUAGCAAAACUGGAAGCACUGGGAAAAUUCUCUGCAGGUACAAAGAGGUUUACAGAGAAUGGCAAGAAAAGUGCUCCUGUUUCUUCAGAUUUUAACCCAGAACCGCUGCCACCAGGUACAGAGGGGUAUGUACCAUGGCGUACUGCUGCACGUGCUAACCGAUUCAGGAAUAUUCAUCUAGACUCAUCACACCAAAAUAGGGAUGUUCAGGCAAGUAAUCCAGUGAAGAUCACAUUGGAGAGUGGAUCAUCUUCAGAAACUGAAGAGGUGAUCUGUACUCCUAAGGCAGAAAUUCAGAUGACUGAUACAGAAAAUUCAUACAAGACAUUCAAAGUCAAGCAGUAUAAACACUUAAAGGUAGAACUAAAAGAAUGUCGACUAAGACUGCAAGAAGAAAUUAGAGCGAGGACAAAGGCUGAUGCUCGUUUGAUGGAGCUUGAAGUUGAGAAUGCCCGGCUUCGAAAAAUCAAUCUUUCUCUGUCUGAUGCUCUGCACACGCAAUCUACCACAAGUACUAUUCUUGAGGAUGAAGGAGUGCUAGAAAGCAUUGAAGCCUCUUUCAAGAAAUUUCAUGCUUUUUUAGAUCUUUUAAAAGAUGCUGGUCUUGGGAAAUUGGCCAGCAUGGCUCGAAUAGACCAAUCAGACUUUGGUCCUGUUGGACAACCUCAGGUAUCAUCCACAUUUGGAAAUGACCGUAAAGAACAAGGACUUGAAUCAACCAAAGAGAAAAUACUUCAGGAAGCACCACAGGUUACACAGUUGCAUGCUGGAGAUCAAACCUGUCACAAUCAGUCUGAUGCUGCACGAAUCUUUAAUGACUCCACGAAUAUAGCUCUUCAACCUGAAAAUUGAUCAUUUGAAUCCAAGUUCAAAAACCCAAAAUGUAGCCACCAGAACUCCGAGAACAAAUUUCUGAAAUCUGAAGAAGCAGUUGGCUGUAAUGAAGAUCAAACAAGCAAGCAAUAUUCAUCCUGGAGGAAUGGCCAACCCCAAGAAUAUGCGGUGGUUCAGGUUUCAGAGAAAUUGCUAAGCCUUUCGGAGGCUGAACAGCCCAUUGCUUCAGACACAGCUAACACACCAUCAGACAAGUCAUAAAAGUGAAAUAAUAACAAAGGCAUUUUUUAACAGACAUCUUUUUUAAAACCAAGUUAAUUGUCUUGUUGCAGCUGAUAACGAUGCUUCUUUGUUCGCAGCAGGAGGGAAUGAAAAUGAACAAAAGGCUGCUGAUGAAUAUUUUAUGAAAUCUAAAACAGAAUAAAAUAUCCUGAAAUAUUCAUUCCAUUGCUAGAUUAUAUAAUGAUUCAUAUGAACUUUUCAAGUGAUGCAAUUGCUCUUCCAUUUUAAAAAGUAUAAGUAAUGUUGCAUUGUGAAAGACUUGUAAAAUUUACUGAAUUUGUUACAUUUUUUUCUUAUGAUGAUUAAUAAAAUCCAAAAUCAUACACCCAA